AUGGCGGAGCUCCACCAGACUCCCACCUCUCUGUGCUGCUGCCGUAAGUCCCUGCCGGCGUCGGGGGCCGUGCCUGUGUGUCGGGGAUUUAGGCCGGCCCUCGGCAGCCCGGGUCCCGGUUUCGCCGUGAAGGAGAUGAGCGGCUGGCUGGUCCUGGACGAUCCCAGUCCACCAGGGGUCCACACGCUGGUUCUGGACUCCCCCCUCUCUCUGAUCCACUCCAUAGACUGUAAGGUUCCCGGGUCCGGACAGAGGAGCCAGUCUCACUCACGUACCGGGUCGACCUGUUCACGGGACUACGGCUCCUCGCUGAACAUCAGCCUGCCGACAGCCGCCGUCAAACCUGGGCGACUGAUCCAGAUCACGGUCGGUACACCACGACGACGGCCCGGCGGGGUAAGCAGACAGACCUGCGUGAGCCCAGCUGUGAUGAUGAUUGAUGAUGUGCUCCCCUGUGGUCAGUCCCGUCCUCUCGUCUUCACCGGGUCCUCCGUCUGUAACCGCUCCUUCUUUUCGUGCUUCGACACGCCGGCUGUCAGAGACAGAAACCUUAAACGUCACUCUUCUUCUCUGCAGGUUCCGGAUGGUGUCACGGUUCUGAUGUGUGCGUCUCGGAGCUCAUACUCUAAACAGGACCGGGUCUUCCAGUCCAUGGAGUUUCCUGUCCCAUCCUACCUGGUGGCGUUGGUGGCUGGAGAGUGUGUGUGGGCGGAACCUUGUCUGUUGUCCUGUUCGGUGAAGAAGCUAGGGGCAGCGUGGAGCGCUGGCUGGCGUGGCUCUGAGGAGCUGUUUGGACCGUACCUGUGGGGCAGGUGUGACAUCGUCUUCCUGCCCCCCUCUUCCCCAUCGUGCCAUGGAGAACCCUGCCUCACCUUCAUUCGCCUCAUCUUGGAGAGCAGUGAGUUCCUGCUGAUCGACGUUCAUCCACGAGAUCGCCCACGGCUGUUUGGCAACGCCGUCACCAACGCCACCUGGGGGAGAUGUGGCUGAGCGCGGGGACUGCCCACUCCGCAGCGCCGCAUCACCCACCGAGCCUACGGUGAAGCAUUCACCUGUCUUGAAACUGCCGUUCGAUUGGAUGCCCUCCACAGACAGCUGCGUCUCCUUGGAGACAACAACCCCGUGAGCAAACUGCAGGUCAAGUUUGAGCCAGGUGUGAACCCCAGCUGUCUGAUGAACCUGUUCACCUAUGAGAAGGGCUUCUGCUUCGUGGCAUACCUGUCCAAGGUGUGCGGAGACGUGAGGCGCUUCGACUGUUUCCUGAGGGAUUACAUCUCAGAGUUUAAGUUUAAGAGCGUCGUCGCUCAGGACCUCAUCGACUACUUCCUCAACUAUUUCCCCGACCUGAGGGAUGCCGCUGUGGCCCAGAGAGAAGGUCUGGAGUUUGAGCGCUGGUUGAGUGGAUGUGGACCUCCUCUGUAUGAGCCUGACCUGUCAGCAGGAGGCGCUCUGACCCGGCCCGUUCAGGAUCUGUGUGAGCUGUGGAGGAGCAGCGACGUCCCGGACCUGCAGACCGUGUCCGCCUUCGACCUGUCGGCCUGGAGCACCUUCCAGAUUGUCCUGUUCCUGGACCGCAUGCUGGACCUGGCGGCGCUACCACACGACGUGAUGGCUGGUCUGUCCUCAUCUUACGCGUCGCUCUUCGAUGGUCUGAACGCCGAGGUCCAGAUCCGCUGGCUCCAGCUCGUGGUCCGGAACAGUUUCUACCCUGAGCUGCCGCGAGUCCGCGCCUUCCUCCACAAGCACACGUCCAGGAUGUACACGGUGCCGCUGUAUGACGACCUGGUUGCUGGGGUGAUGAAGUGCGUCGCCGUGGAGAUCUUCAACCAGACGCAGCGCCGCCUCCACCCGAACCUCAGACGGACGUUACAGCAGAUCCUGUUCCAGACUAGCGCGGGCCAGGCCAAUCAGAACGGGCCGCCUCUGUCCAUCGUGCCCCCCUCCCCCUCCACCUCCCCACAGCCGCAGCCUGCCGCCAUGACAACCACCUCCACUGCCGGGACAACCGCUGCCAUCGCUCUGCGGGACGUCAACGUGUCGGCGUGAAAGACGACGGAGCAUGGUGGCAUUGGGCUGAUGAUGUAAGCUGUCACCAUGGUGACAGGCCUGCAGACGCCGACCUCUGAACUCUGUGAAGGGGCGGGACUUCUGCUCCCAUGUUCAUGUGAUGAAUCAUGUGACUGUCCUCAUGACAUCAGCUGACCCGGAGACGGCUCCUCUGAUUGGACGACAGAGAUUUUUAUUCCUCAGUGCAAUUUAAGAGAAAACUUGAAAAAGACGUUUGUUUCUCCAACGAGUCAUCAGCCAUCGAUCAUUGAUCAUCAAUCGUGAUCCUCAUGAUCAUUGAUCAUUGAUCAUUGAUCAUCGAUCAUUGAUCCUCAUGAUCAUUGAUCCUCAUGAUCAUUGAUUAGUGAUCGACACAUUUUGAGGCUCAUUUCUGCUCAAAAAGUUUUUUUUAUUUGGAUUUUUCAGUCAAACUAAUGAUUCAUAUCUGGUCUUUUAUUCUGAAAGUCAGUCUUUUAUUGUGGAAGGUGUUGCUACAGGAAACACAGCGCAGAGUCAGCUGACUGAGACUUCCUGGUCCUGUCAGAAAUGAGCCUCAUGAUGAGAAAUCCACCUGCAGCCUCUGAGGCCCCUGACGCACCUGUGUGUCACCUGAUGCACAGGUGCGUCACCUGACGCACAGGUGUGUUUGAUGCGUUCACUGUCUCACGUUAAACUAAGUGCUGCUUUAAUGUGUUGAGACGUCGCUGCCUCGAAAGUCUACCUCCUGAUUCUGAACCUGCAGACGUCACAUGACACAAACCAGCUCAUUCACCUGAGUGGCCUUCGUGCUGCGUUCACUGCAGCUGGGAGCUGAGAGCUUUCAGUUCAUCGUCAUCCCUUUUAAUGUUUUUAUUCAAUCAGCAGCAAUAAAACUUAAUUUCUGUUUUAGGAACAACAAACCAUGCAAAGCUGAAACGUCCCACAGUCCUCAGCUGCCAGUGAACGCCUCCUCAUAAAGUUUUAUUGAAUGUUUGAAAUAAAAAAAAAUAAUGAAACAA